UUCCGGGGUAGCCCGGGUGGCCUGACCUGGGGCGGCUACCCUGAGCGGUCUGGCUCCGGGCCACGUUGCUUCAUCGCCGGCCACGUCCCCACACCAGAGCGAGGGCGCUUCCCGCCGUUCCAGGGCCACCGGGCCGCCGCUGGCCUGCGGCGACCAGAUAUGUCCAUGAGCAGAGUGGAGCAUCGGCCAGUGUCCCACGUGGGCCACAAAGCAUGCCGGGGUCUGGGAGUGCCCCUCAAAGCUGCUCUCGCCUCCUGGAAAGCCAGACCUCACCUGGUGAGCACACAGACCUCGCCUGGCGAGCACACAGUGCCAAGCCCGCAGCUCUCCAAGGAGGAAGAUGGCCCAGCCUGGGAGCACACCCUGAGCAGCUGCCUCUAAUCCCUCGGCCAAGCAGCAGGGCGUCGUCGGCAGCCUGAGAGCAUCUGGAUGGGAGCCUCGGGGACCGCCCAGCCUUGCUCCUGGCUCACCCGCAAGAUGUGGACAGCUCUUGUGCUCAUUUGCAUUUCCUCCUUGUACUUCUCUGAAAGCCGAAGUGCAUCCCUGGAUCCACGACAGAUACGGGAUAACUUAGUCAAGAAAAAUGUAUCUGAGGAAACAACUAAAAACGACUCUAGUAAAACAUCUGAAAACACGACCACGACCACACCCUCUCCUGUUACGUUGGCCAAAAGGACUUCAGUAGGUGACAACAGCUCUCUGGCCAUCCCAGCAGGGACCACACACAGGACAAAUGUGGACACGUCAGCAGUUGUGACAAAUCUCCCUGACCGCACGGCCUCUGGUAUGCCCAUGCCACCGGCCCCGACGCCAGGGCAGCCCCCGCGGUCCCCCACAGCUGCUCUCAGCACACCCGGCACACAGGCGCCCAGCGGCAGCACAUUGACAAAAGCAGCACCUCGGGUGACUCAGGCCACCAGCACUAAGCUAGCUGCUGCCACCACGGGAAAGGCAAGCAGCCCCACGGGCACGCAGAGCCCUUCCACGCACACACCCAGCCACUCCACAGCCAGCCCUGCACCCCCAACGGCCCCCCGAGCAUUUGAGUCCACACAAGGCCUCACCACCCAGACCCGGCCUGUGGCGGACACGGCUAGCAGUUCCAAGGCCCCUCUCGUGAACACAACCCUAGAGCCCAGCUCUCCCUCUGUGGCUUCCAUGUCCACAACAGUGGUGACCACCACCAAGGCACAAGCCCAGGGGCCAGCUGCCACCACAGUGCCAGCUCCUGUGCUUCAUACCAGCCCGACUCCUGCCACAUCCCCCACUACACGGCCAAGCCCUACUCCACAUUCCCAGGGGCCCACGGGGUCAGGCACACCCCAGACACCGGAGCAGGCCACAGAUGGUACUGCUUCCACCAGGCCAACCGCCGAGAGCUCAGGGGACUCUAGAAUGCCAAUCACAGACUCGUGCCAGCUCAGCACCCAAGGCCAGUACCUGGUGGUCACCACCAAGCCGCUUGCCCUAUCUCCGAACAGAAGUUCCCUCCUGGCGGUGCUCUUGCUGGGUGUGACCCUUUUCUUCACAGUCUUGGUUCUGUUUGCCCUGCAAGCCUACGAGAGCUACAAGAAGAAGGACUACACGCAGGUGGACUAUUUAAUCAACGGCAUGUACGCGGACUCCGAAAUGUGAGGUAGCGGGAAGCCGGCCUGCCGCCCCUUGGAUCCUUGGAGGGCCAGGGUCCUUCCCCUUCCGUUUUCCCUUGGAGACCAAACCAAGUGCUUCCAAAUUCUUUGGUGCAAUUUAGGAGCUAUGCCAGAUGCUUAAACAUAUUGAAUUACUGUCAGAUCAAUUCCAUGAUCACAGAGAGUUGUGCUUUUCUCAUAUUUAUUUUUGUAAACAAUCAUGUUGACGGAGCAGGCAGUGAUGGGGCCGGGGGCGGGGCUGGGGAGCCCCAGGUGUCAGGUCCCGGCCAGAAUUAAAGUAAUGACUGCUUUCCGUUCA